ACAAGUCCUGAGCGAACCUCCCCACUCGCCACUCCGCCCCCUCCGCUCCCAAAGAAGAAGACGACGACGACGACAGCAAGGUGCCGCCGUCACGAGAUCCGUCCGAGGUGACCAUGUCUACGCCUACGAGGAAGCGUCCCAGGAAAACCAACGGCUCCACGUCGUCGUCGUCGUCCGCGAUGCGUCGGACGACGAGCCUGUCGGACCUCGCGCCGCCGCCGGAUCUCUCCGGGAGGCCCAAGACGCGGGCGGCGAGGGGGCAUGCGGUGGCAGGGCCAGGGACCGCGUGGGGCGCCGAGAUGACGAUGACGCACUCGGCGGACUUCCUCCCCGCCAUGGAGACGGCAGCCUUCCUCAAGGCCUGCGGGAUCUGCAACCGCCGCCUCGGCCCCGGCCGUGACACCUUCAUCUACAUGGGUGAGGUGGCCUUCUGCAGCCAGGAGUGUAGGCAGCAGCAGAUGAACCUCGACGAGCUCAUGGAGAAGAAGUGCUCCACUCCGGCUGGCGGCGGCGGCGGUGGCGUCGGUGGCGGCGGCGGUGGAGGCUCAGAUCAGCCCGGCAAGAGCAGCACCGUAGCGGCCGCCUAGCAUCGCCAGAGGGGUAAUAACAACGAAGAAAAUUUUUGGAGCCCUGGUGGUGUAGGCCCCAAAAACGCAGCAGUUUCCAUCAGCCUAUGUAUAUCCUGUAUUUCUGGAGUCACUGUGUGUGUAUAUUGGUGGGAAGGGGAAGGAUGUAGGGAUUCCAACUGGGGGCAUGGUUUGCAAUGCAUCAU